AUAACCAGCUUUGGUCUGGCUCAAACCCCAUCACCCUCAUCUCUACCGUCGUCGUUCUCUUGCAACCAUGUACACCCAAGGCUAUCAUCACUAUCCUUCCGCUUCACAUCCCAUGUAUCCUGAUACAGCGCGGGCGCACACCCUUUCCGCAACCCUUAAUCCCGGAACUCCUCAAUACGAAGAAAUUACUCGUCGACCUUCCUACCUACAGAAUGAAUAUGGAUACUUUGUCUCAAACGAAGCUCGUGCUGACAUGAAGUUUCCUCUCUCGACUGCAGACAUGCUCGCUUGCAACACCGGCAUUGCGGACAUGUAUCACGAGAAUAAUAUCUUGGAACAGUUCGUCGACCUUGUACCUCCCGAGGUGUAUGCAAGGAUGGGGUUGCCCGUCCCUGGAGCCCCUGCCAGUCCCACUAAAGCUGCAGCCAAGAGGGGUAGACCAAAGAAAGCCGCCGGUAGGCCUAGGUCUCCUACCAAAGCAUCGACUAGGUCGCCUCGCAAGGCUGCUGCCGCUCCUCAACUGGAGAGCGUGACAGAACAUGCGGAGCCGUCCGGGAGCUCUAGCUCUGCUCCACCUGUGAGCCGCGGAAGGCCUGUCACUCAUGCCAGGGCCGAGGACGAGUUGAGGGCUACAAUGUCCGCCUCGACGGCUGCUCGGUUGCGUGGUAGGGCGAUGCAGAACGACGCUAUGGAAGGAGUCGUGCCCUCUCAGAUCUACUCUGCCUCUUCAACCCCCUCGAUGUCUCAUGGCACUCCGGUAAAGCGAGCUGAGAAGGAACGAAGGGUUGGCACCCGGACUUCUCCUCGCAAGGCCAACAGGGUCGACUAUGCACGCCUGAACGACUAAUCAACCACCGACAGACGUUGCUAGGUAUUCUCAAAGUAGCCGAGGCUCUUUGGAAACUCUUGGAGCUCUGCAUCACGAUCAUUCAUCAUCGUCACUUUCAUUAUCUUGUAUUAUCCGCUGGCGUGCCAGCGUAGACUCAACCCUCAUUACUGUAGCUAUCACUCGCAUAUCGCAUCUCAUUAUAAAUUCAGUCACUCAUUC